AUGGCAGAUGUACGAAAUGGACAAACAAUAAAUCUUACCUCAUCAUCUGAUGGUGCUUCUGUUGGUGUUGACUUCACGUUAUCCUGUCAAUCGAAUGUACUCAGUAUUGUUUUCAAUAGAGAUGGUAAUGUAGUAUGUACAAUAACAGGUGAUAAUUCAGAUGGUACUUGUCGUUUCUUUGGCGAUUGCAACCAGAAUUAUCAAUAUCGCUGUAAUGAUAGUGCAGGUGUGUACAACCUGACUAUUCCUAGUUCAUAUGACAUUGACACUUUACAUGGAAGUAACUGGCGGUGUAGCGCACCAUCAAUACCCGUACAUUCACCAAUUAUUCAGCUAAAUAUUUACGUUCCAAUUACACAAGUACACAUUACAACAAACCAAGUCGACGAUAAUCCACCAGGUAUAGUAGUGAGCAGAAGUAAAUCAUUCACAUGUACAACAGACGCUGGUAGACCAUCAUCAAGGAUACAAUGGUAUUUAUCUACAGACAACAUUACUAGUUUAGCUACUCCUCAGCCCGAUACUUCUUGCAAUAAUGGUAAAUGUAGAUCGUCUAGUGAACUGACGUACACUGGAAUCAAAUCUGACGACGGGAAGGUAAUAUACUGUACAGCUGUGAAUGGUAAAGGUCAAACUGUCAGAUCAGAGAACAUAUCAAUUAAUAUCUGGUAUGGACCUAGCAAUGUUACCAUUUCCCCACAAACACCAACUUACACAGUUAAUGAGUCAACUGGUAGUGUUGGAGCAGUAACUUGUCAAGCCCAUGACUGCAAACCUGAAUGCGAAGUUAGAUGGAUUGGACCAAAAUUUACUGGUGAUACCUCCCUGACUUACUCUGUAUUAAACCUGCGAAACAUUUUCAGGAACCAAACAGGAAACUAUUUUUGCAGGGCAGCAAAUCAGGCCUGGAAUAAGACAUCUGUUUACAUUAAUGUUAUUGUCAAUUAUCGUCCAACCAAGGUCACCAUAACCCCACCAAGUCAGGUUUACACUGUUCGUGAGACCACCGAUAGCGUUGGAUCAAUUAAUUGUACAGCCGAUUGUAAACCUGAAUGUACAAUGACAUGGAAUGGACCUAAUAUUCCUGAUGGUACCACAUCUGUAUUGAAUUUACAGAACAUCGAUAGAAACCAGGCAGGAGACUACCAGUGUAUGGCUACAAACAUUAUUGGCAGUGAGAUGUCUGUUAUAGUGAAUAUAAAGGUUAUGUACGGACCAGAACAGGUUAAUAUAGAGCCAAACACACUGAUAUACACGGUUACAGAGACAACAGGAAAUAUUGGUCCUAUCACAUGCACAGCUGAAUGUAAUCCGAACUGUUCAAUGUCAUGGACAGGACCAAAUAUUCGUAAUGGAGCUUCAUCCGUAUUUUAUCUACAGAACAUUGAUCGUAAUCAAGCAGGGAAUUAUAUGUGUACGGCGACAAAUAAAUACGGGAGUAAGACAUCUUCAACUGUCAGUGUUAUUGUUGAGUACGGUCCACGGACAGUUAACAUAAUACCUUUAGAACAGAACUUCACAGCUAUAGAGACAGUUGGACAUAUUGGUCCUAUUAACUGUACAGCUGAUUGUAAACCUGAAUGUUCUAUGACAUGGAAUGGAUCUCAUCUCCCAGAAAGCAUUACAUCUGUACUGUACCUGCCGAACAUCAACAAAACUCAAGCCGGAAAGUAUUCAUGCAUUGCUUCCAAUAGUGUUAGUAGUCUGGUAUCUGGUCAUAUUAAUGUUAUCGUUCACUAUGGCCCUGCCGUUGUUGACGUUUUACCUCAGAAACAGUUUCACACAGUAAACGAAACUGACAGAGUGACAAAUAUAACAUGCACAGCAGAUUGUAACCCCAGAUGUAUAUUGACAUGGACAGGACCUAACUUGCCUACCAAGCUUUCUGGUAUUGCGUCAUCUAUGCUGAAUAUUCCCAAUAUUGCCAGGAACCAAUCAGGAACGUACACCUGUAAUGCUUCGAAUUCUGUUGGUAGCAAGAUAUCAUUACAUAUUAAUAUUAGUGUGAACUAUGUACCGGCAGUGAAUACUAUAUUUGGAAACAGAUCAUUUCAUGAAAACGACACUGCUGUAUUUUCAUGCAAUGUGGAGAGUGUACCAUCUUCGAACAUAACAUGGUUAUUUGGGGAACAGAUCCUCGGAAAAACUUAUAUGAUUUUUGUUCACGAUAAACGGGAACAAAACAUGAAUAUCCAAGUUAGUACACUGAAUAUCACUCAAAUUGGAUGCUUAUCAAUGGGGAAAUAUACGUGUGCUGCUAGCAACAUCAUCGGUGAAGAUACGAAACGAAUUGAAAUCGACGUAAGAUGUUCUCCAAGAGUAAAUUCAAUAGAAUAUAAUGUUACAAAAUUGAUUGCAGUCACAGACCAAGAGCCGUUAAAUAUAACGGUCCCAAUAAUUGCUUACCCUACACCAUAUAUUUUUUGGACUUUUGUUAAUAAUGAAACAUCUGUUAAUGUAACACUACAAACUUCAAAUAGUAUUAUCAACAAUAGAGCAUUUUCUAGUCUGUAUUUAGAAAAUGUAACCGAGAAAGAUUUUGGACAUUAUAACAUAUAUGCCGGCAAUGGAAUUGGUAGUCGAGAAGAUUAUAUAUAUUCUGUCGAAGUAAUUCCUAAAAGAAAGCCGAACCCGCCUGAUGAUGUAACAUGCACUGGACAACCUAAUUCUAUUCUGGUAAACUGGAAAUCAAAUUUUGAUGGAGGAGAUACACAAUCAUUUAAGGUUUUCUUUAAGACGGAUGGUGAUGCAAAUUUCGAUGAUAAUGGUAAAAAAUAUGAAGACCCAGGUCGAAACUUGUACUCAACUGCAACAAUAAAUCACCUUACACCAGAAACAACUUAUUAUUUAAGAGUAAACGCAGUGAACAUACAUAAUACCACAGAGUCGGAAGUAAAAACUUGCAACACUACAUCUGCAGUUGUCAUCGAAUCAAAUGAGGCAAAUAUUGUUGCUAUAGGUGCUGCGACUGGCAUUGGUGGAGCAGUUGUUGUCCUUGUAAUUAUUGCAGGCGUUUUUAUUUACGUUCGGAGAAGGAAAAUAGAUGAAAAAAUCGGCCAAGAAAAAGAACUGAUGCAAAGGUCUGUUGACGGAGAAGAGGACGACGAAGGUGGAUUAAAGGAAAAUCCGCUGUAUGUUUCGUCACAACAUGAACCCGAGGGAUCAGUUUAUAGCGUUGUUAACAAAAACAAAAAAACUAAAAGCAAGGAAAAGGCAGACGAGAGUACUAUUUACACAGAAGUGGUGAAAAAUCAGAAGAAAGAUAGAAAGAACAAGGAGAUAGAAAUGGGUAAGAAUUGUAAUCAGUAUAUACAUUUACAAAAUUUGUUAAAGAAGGGUACACUUGUGGUUGCUGUAGAUGCAGGAUGGCAGAAAAGAGGAAGUGGUAGAGCAUAUGACAGCAAAUCAGAGUUAUGGGACUUUGACUGUGGCUCAUCAAAUUCAAAUAAACAUCCAAGGCAAAUAUCUUUGUAUGUAGAAGCAGCAUAUAUUGUUAAUAAGAAGUUGGGUCUUUCACCAGGUUACCAUACUCAGCGCCUUGCCAGAUUAAGAGAUUAUCAGCGAUCAAAGCAGAGGGCAUUGGCAACUACAAGAGCAUUUAAAAGAAAACGACUGGAAAAGAAGGCUAAGAUGCACCAAAAGCUUGCAUCUGCAGAAGUCAGAGAAGGUGUCUCCUAUCAAACAGGAUGUUCUCUUGAUGCAGCAAUAUCUGAUGAUAUUCAGUCUAUUCCUGCACCAGUUAUUACUCCAGAAUAUCUUCCUUUGGAACCAAAGACCUUGAAUGACAGUUGCAUGACAUACGUUGAUGUUGAAACAACAGGACUUGGCAGAGAUUCUCACAUAAUACAGUUGUCUGCUGUCAACAGCCAAAACACUAAAUUCAAUAGAUACAUAAAACCAGCUAGACCAAUAUUACCCCAAGCCUCAGAAGUGACUGGUUUGAAGUUUCAAAAUGGGAAAAUGUAA